GGUGCAGGGGCACCGGAAAUUCUGAGGGAGACUGUGCCCCCCUAGCCCCUAUCCUAUCUACGCCCAUGUUGAGCGAUUAAGUUCACAUAUAUAUAUUUAUAACAAUGUUCAUGUUGUUUCUAGUUUUCUAGUUUGUUCAUGUUUUAUUUUCAUCAAAUAUUUUCUUACAUUUCUUCAAAAUGCCCUAUAUCAUUCGCACGAGUUACAUAUGAAACGGCUCCAAUUGUUUUGUUGAAUGAAACUUAAUAUUGAUUUUUCGGAUGAGGGACGUUUUCGAAGACAAUCGAUCUGCAUUUAUCGUUUUCACUAAAAAUUUAGUGAUCCAUAUCGACUUUUGGAUUUUGAUGACGUGCCUACGGUCAUAUAUUAAAUAGAGCAUGCGAAUUUUUGUGGAAGUGGGCGUAACUUCAAAAAUGUUUGAAUAACUAUAUUAUUGAUAAUAAUUUCUCCUAGAGCUUCGAUAUCUGAAGAAACAUCAUUGAAUUCUUCUAUAGAUUACGAAAAGGUUCUAACUUGAAUGAAAUUAAAUCAAAUUUUAUCCCCGCCAAAAUAUUGAUGUUGUCACGUGACAACAGGUUAAAUAUUCAGUUAAGAAGGCGCCAAAUAUUAAUCACCUGUGUUAUUGUUUUCACCUCUAUUCGAUACUAAAACAGAUCAAUUAUAUAGCAUAAUCUAAAUAUUGGGUACUCACUUCUUGAGGGACUUACAUAUUUAUUUGUUUUUAAACUAGCUUCUUUGGAAUGCGAAAUCGGUCCCGAUUUCGAAGACAUAUUGAAAAGAAAGAGAAGGACGGAGUGUUUUAUUCAGAUGGGAAAGUAAGCAAAAUAUUAAUUUUUGAAAAUAAUUGUGUCAUACUUCCCAACUAGAUUGAUGUUAGAUUCUUCAAAACAAUCUUCAGAAACAUCCGCUUACAUAGUGACGAUUUCUGAUUAAUUUAUUAUUGCAAUUUGAUCAAGAACAAAGAAGGAUCCAACUAGUUCUUGUUUCGUGCUGUGUCGUAUAUUGAUAGUGGCGCCACCUACUCUGUCAAUGUUGUUAGGCUUACCAAUAAAUGGAGUCUAGUGAAGUUGAUUUGCCAAAAUUCAUUUGAAAAUCAAUCGGAAUCAUGAAAAUCCUUAGAGAAAUGGUAAAGGAAUGACAGGCAUUGGUAGUUACAAAUUGUUUUUCAUUAUGAAAUCCUUGGUUUGUGCUAGUGAAAUACCAUUUUGGAAAUGUUUACAAUGUUAGACAUGGGAGCCACCUUUACUGUUUGACACUGUAUUCACAAAAUUAUUACCUAUUAUUGAUGAAAAAUGGUUGAAUAUGCAUGGAUCAUACAUUUCACUUUUAUUAAUUCAAACCUACCCCACUAAUUUUUUGAUCAUACUCAAAAUAUUUAUUCUACUCUUCAAAUUUGAAUCCUGGCAAAUCAUCUGGCAUAAGAAUGGAACCAUUUGUUUCAGACUUAAAUAUUUACCUGUGGUACAUGUCCUGCAAAUGGAUAAUUAUGUAGUUACGUGGAGGGCAUUACUUGCUUGCACCAUAUAAGUGCGAUGUCCCAGAGAAUAAAAAGGCCUAAUCGUUCUGAAGAUGGCUUUGUACCCGUCAAAAGGCGAAAGCGCAUGGCGGUGGAAGAUGAAGAAGCCGCCACCUUGGCCAGGAUUUACAACAGGAACUCGAGUGAAGCUCCGGCAGAAUUGUUUCGUAAAGAUCUCAUUAGUGCAAUGAAAUUGCCUGAUUCCGAACCGCUCUCUGUUGACGAAUAUUGGAUCAUUCAAGAUCAGUGGAAACAAGAAUGGGAAAGAGGAGUUCAAGUUCCUGUCAAUCCGGAUUCUUUGCCCGAGCCAUCGGUCUCCAUUAUUAGAAAUGUCAGGAAGUCGGCUCACGAGUUCAAACUGCCAAAAAAUAAGUACAUUCGCAUAACAAGAGAUGAAAACUUUAAGGUGGACGAGCAUGUACUGUCCAAUGCUCCCAGUCAAGCCGAAGAUGCUUGUUCUUACGAUUUAGAUGAAAACGACGUUGCCUGGCUGAAACUAAUGAAUGCGGAACGUGCCACUUGUGGACUCGGACCGGUACACGAAGAUCAGCUAGAAAGGGUGAUAGAACGUUUCGAAAUGGGCUGCUGGGAAAAGAUACAAACCAUACUUCGAAACGAAGAGGGGCUAGGGAUAGAAUUCGAUGAAAACGUUAUAUGUGACGUGUGCAGAUCGCCCGACUCUGAGGAGGGAAACGAGAUGGUGUUUUGUGAUAGUUGCAACAUUUGCGUACACCAGGCAUGUUACGGAAUCACCCGAAUACCGGAGGGUCAGUGGCUCUGCUGCACCUGCAACCUUGCCAUUAGACCCAAGUGCGUUCUGUGUCCCAACAAAGGAGGUGCCAUGAAGUGUACGAGAUCCGGUCAAAAAUGGGCUCACGUUUCUUGUGCUCUCUGGAUUCCGGAAGUUAGUAUAGGUUGUGUCGAAAAAAUGGAACCCAUCACGAAAAUAUCCAGCAUUCCCGCAAGCCGAUGGGCUCUUAUCUGUGUGUUGUGUCGAGAGAGGGUGGGGGCUUGCAUUCAAUGCUCCGUGAAGACGUGCAAAACUGCCUAUCACGUUACUUGCGCUUUCAAGCAUGGCCUGGAAAUGCGAGCGAUCAUCGAGGACGAGAAUGCGGACGACGGCGUCAAAUUGCGUUCGUAUUGCGAGAAACACAGUAAAUCCAGUAAAAAAGAGAAAAGUAUCUGUUCGGGCUCCGAAGACGACGAUAGUAGACGGAGAAAACGAAAAGAUAUGACGUCCGAGGAGAAAAAUCUAGCUCGCGCAGCCAGACUUCAAGAAAUCGAGUCGGAGUUUUACAAAUUCGUUUCGGUAAAAGAUAUUUCCAUUAAUUUGAAUGUUGAUCAAGAGGCCUUGACUCAUAUAUACAAUUAUUGGAAACUCAAAAGGAAAUCCGGACACAACAAACCACUAUUACCACCAAAAACCGAAGAUAUCGAAGUUUUGGCUCUGAGUCCGGAAGAUAUAGAUACGGAGAAGCUGAAAACGUUCGUCCAGUUGAGACAAGACUUGGAAAGAGUGAGGAAUCUGUGUUAUAUGGUGACUCGUAGGGAGAAAUUAUCUCGCUCUUUGUUUCGAUUACGGGAACAGACUUUUCUCAAACAAACCGCUGUCUUGGAGAGUGGUAUCAAUUUACCUAGUGCAGUCAUUAACGCCGUCAUCGAAGCUAAUCACGGACCUUCCAUAUACGACAGGCUUUAUUCCCACGACCAAGCCCAAGAUCAUUCGAACGAUUUUGAACUCCUUUUAGCUAGAAUUCAAGGACUUAAAUCUCCCACCGGUUCUGGGGACGAGAAGAAACCAGAAGUCAAUGGCCUCUUCAAAGAUGUCAAAAGCAAUCCGUACAAGAAAGUCUAUUUCAACGGAUCGAAGAGGAGAAGUUCGGCAUUAUACAGUAGUAUGUCUAGUGCGAGCAGUAGCAGCAGCGAUGAAAAACCUAAAGAAAAUAAGGAGAACAGGGUGAAUAGUACCUCAGACGAUGAAAAACCUGUCACGGAAGCUGCCGAGAAGAAACUGAAAACUAAAAAGCAAAUGAAUAGAAAAAUGACCGACAGACGGAAAAAACCUAACGCAACAAACCAAGUGAAAUCUGAAAGUAGCAGCGAGGAUGACAUCAAACCACCGGCCAAGAAGCAGUGGUGUAACUCAACCUUCAAUCGAUCCAAGCUCAGUAUCGUGGAGCAUCAGUUAGGCCUUUCCGCAACAGAUAGUGAUGACUUAAUGGACCUGAGGAAUAACCGAAAACCUUCCAAUCAGAAAACUAAGAUAUCAUCCAUAUACUCGGAUAGUGACAGUUCCGAUUCUACGAAAAACGAUGAUAAGUCUGCCAAUAAUAGCGAUUCCCAGCAAAAACUGAGAACUAAAGCUUCAGUUAAGGAAUUCUCCAACAAACCUUCAACUUCUAAAGCUACCACCAAUAACAAGAACAACACGGAAAACAAGAAGAAAACGAAACAAGACGAAAACAAGAAAGAAAAUUCGGUUAAGAAGAAGGAUUAUGUACCGUCAGAUCUGAUUGUCCCUCAGAGACAAGCAGCUAAGAAGGCUAGUGAAAACUUGAAGAAUAACACGAUAGGCAGACCGAAGGACUCGCAACCUCCUCAAACUGAUGAAAUCCCUAAGGUAGAAGAAAAGUGCAAAACGCAGAAACAGAGGGUCAAAAGUCGGGAUACGAAAGAACCUCCCAAGGUGGACAAACAUGAGAAAGUGGACAAGGUGGAAAAAUCUGAAAAAUUGGAGAAAUCGGAUAAGUGUGAUAAGGUGGAGAAGGAUAAACCGGUGCUGAUGGAAAUAUCGGAGAAUGAGAAGGGAGAAAAAAUGGAUACCACUGAUUUAUUGGCGUACGUUCCCCAGAGGCAAGCUGCUAAAAAAGCAGCGGAACACAUUAAAAGUGGACUUGGCAAACCUGCCAUUCCCACCGAUAACGUUAUAUCAAAUGAAUCCGAUAAAGUGAAGAAAGACAAUGAAUGCUCAAAUAAAAACAAGAAAGACGUCGAUAUUAAAACUAAAAAAGAACCGGAAAUCGAGAAACCUGCUAAAAUUACUGAAACUAAACGAAAGUCUUCCUCAAUUAGUAGUUCGUCUUCCUCUAGUAGUUACUCAUCGGGAUCCUCUUCUAGCAGCAGCUCGUCAAGCGAUGAUGACGACGACGAAUCUGAAGAACAAAAACCGCGAUCGGAGAGCCUGUUUUCGGUAUCGCAUCGAGAUCAGGCUAAGCGAGCUAAUGCCAAGGACCGGCCCUUUCUUGACAAGGGAUCCAAGUCCGCGACAUCUAGCAGUAGCACUUCCGACUCCGGUAAUUCCACACCAUCAUCCGCUUCGCAGAAACCCAAUGUCGCACCACCACCACAACCUAAGGCACAGUCUCCCCAACGAUCUCUGGAAGCCACCAAAUCAGAUCGGUCGCGAUCGCCAAGGAAAAGUACCGAUAAGAAAUUACCAUCACCAUCUGAAAGAGAAGAAUCUAAAUCCAAAGGAAAGGCACAGAGAGGAAGAUCACGCCCAUCCAAUACUGGUGAGGUCGGAAGUCCUCGUGUCGGGACUAGAGAUCUGUCUGGUGGCAAACUUGUCUCUGUGGAAAAAGACGGAACGAAAAAUAGGAAGAGAAAACAGUCUGUCUCAGAUGCGGUGGAAUCCGUUGAAACGACAGAAAAGGCAGCUCGAUCAUCUGAGCUAUUAUCUCCGGUCAGGGAAAAGGACAAGAAGUUGAACGAAAGUCCGGCGAGGAAAAUAACUUGUGAGCACGAUAAAAGUACGUUGAAUCUUGAGAAAGAGAUUUUAGAGAGGAAAGCGUCGAAGGAAAACAAGAGCAAGUCGACGUUGGACAGGUUGUUCGGACCGAUUGGAAACACGGAAAAAUUGAAGCAAGAGGAAGCGAAGCAUGGAAAACCCAACAAAAAACUGUCUGAGAAACAAUCUAAGCCUGAAAGACUGGAUAAACCGGUUGAUAAGCAUGAUAAAAUAUUCAAAGAGAACAAAGAACAUCCUAUUGCUAAAGAAAAAUCGCCUAAGAAGUCUCCGUGUAAAAACCAAAUCAAAACUCUGGAAGAUCCCUUCACCAUCAAACCAUUUAACGAGGUUAAAACACUAACCAGGAUGGAACCAGUUACUAUUCAUGAAAAAUCAUCAGACUCUGAUAAAAAACCAAUCAGAAGUAACUGUGAAGAACCCCCGGAAGUAAAACGCAUUGAAGAACCAAUUCCUUCAGAAAUUCAUCAGUCUCACGAAAAAGAAGAUAAUAUAAAGAAUAACAUGGAAAUAACUGCUCUUCCCGGUAACAUAAACAGGUCGAUAUUCUCUCCUCAACCUCCGAAAGAAUCGGAUCUCCUGGACUUUGAUAACUUCGAUGAUAGUUUGGGAAUAUCCAAGGAAGAUGACAUUCUUAGACCAUUUACUUUCAACCCUUCGAUGGUUAAUAACGAUGAUACUAGGGAGGAAAACGUUAGGGAGACUUUGAAUUUGGUGGAGAAAUUGCGGUUGGGUCUCUCCAAAAAGCCAACCGGGUGCGAAGUCGAUGAUACUCUUAGCAUAGGUUCCAAUUCUAAACACGAUGACCGCUCGGAGUUUCUGGAGCAAGUGGUUCCCGACAAUGUGAACGCGGAGCUCCCUGCUAUGGCACAGUCAGUCAAACAGGAAGAACCAGCAAGACCGAUGGUUAGCUCGGAAAUGAAAGUCGAACUGACUCAGACUAAGAUGUUCGACGGUCACAAUCAGAAUUAUCAGUUUAUGAACUGUCAGGCGGAUGUUUCGGUAGAGUGCAAUAAGAAUAUUCCGAUAGAACAACAUCAAGGUUUACCGGAUACGUUAACUACGCAGGGCGACGAGAGAUGGGUCCCGCCAAGCGACCAGAAUUACUCCAAUCUAACCGAUGGUAGCCACCAUAACUUCAUGGCCAACGUCGCCCAAGUCGAGUCUCAUAAUUUCCUAGAUCAAUAUUCCGCGAGCGUGCUGGAUCAGGAGCAUCACAAGAAAUACCCUGAAGUCAAUAAUAUAUUGGCGGACGUCGGUGCCCGUUUGCAAGAAGAGGUGCUCAAGAGUCAAUCUCAUCUUUUACACGGGCAAAGAAUCUCACAGCCAUUGUUAGAAUCGAUUCCGGACAAUACAAAGUUCCCCGAACUUCACAUGCAUCCUCCUAGUUGGCCCGACAAUGCCAUGCUGCCAAAUCGCCGAUCUUCAUCCAGUUCGGCUGCUUCGUCUAUAAGCUCAACAUCUCGCCGGAAUGACACGGAAGAAGAUCCUAACAAGCUUCGAACCGAUAUGAUGGUCGUGAAUCCUCCCCCGAACAUCGAUAUCAGUUUAUUUCCAUCGCAAACCAUACCAACAUUCCAGCCUAACCCUCUCGAACCGUUCGCUGCCUACUCGGAGGCUUCCCAAUUCGUCAACCCCGUCAGCCUGUUCGCGGGACCUAAUCUUAAUACUCAGCUAGCUUAUCCCUCGGCAGGUCCCGCAGGUUUUCCCCCGGCCUUUGGCGCUCCGUUUCCGACGCCCCACGUGUUACCUCCGAUACCUAAACCCGAAGAAAAUAUCCAGUAUCCAUCGGCGUGCACUGCAGCUUUUACGUCGUCGCAACACAACAUGGCCCUUACGGCAGCAAUGGUUAAUCUACCUACCAAGGAAAUAGAACCUUCCUUGGACGAAAGCAUCCCUAUUUGUCAAAACAACCUCGAUUCCUUGCAUCAACAGAAGGAAACCAUUCCUCCGCCUCAAGAAUCCCCGAUAGUGAGCUGCGCAGCAACGAGUGUUACCGAUGCAGUUUCUUCAUCGCCUAGUCAAAAAUCGACACCCGGUAAAAAAUCCCCAAGCAAGCCUACGCGAUCUUCAGCUCGCGUAACUUCGCAACUAAUGAACAAAUCACCGAAUAAAAGCCCGGGGAAGAGUCCGCGACAACAAGAACAAUCGUCGAAACACGGAAACGCCGGUAAAAGAGACGGCAAAAAGGGUGGUAAAGGAUCUGCUGGGAAGAACACUCAGUAUCAGGGUAAAGGCCGUGGAAGGGGUCGAGGAAGAGCCAGACCGGCUAUUUCAACCCCUCACAUGGAGUACGACAUCAUGGGUAACACCAACACCAUUCAAAAAUUGGUCGGUACGGUCUACGAUCUAGAUUUCGACGAUGAAUGGAACGAAACCGCCGAUUUGAAAUCGAUGAGAGAGAGGAGAAAGUCCGUGGACACUCACGAGAAAAAGGCUGAUAACUCCUAUUUGAAAGAUAGCAUGGAGUCCCCUAAAUUUUCUAGUCCUUUACAGAAUUCCCACAAGAAUAGAUCCUACGCCGACCUCAGCAACCUAAGACCCCCCACUCCAUUCGACGAUUCUAACCAUUCCAAGGAAAGCGAACCCACCAGUUUGAAGAUGGAGGAGGAACCUCCGAAAUCUGUUUUUCCUGAUAUUGUUCCGCCAUUUUUACCUGGCCCCGUCGAUAUGAGAACCUACAAUAGUAACUACGAAGAACAGAAGUACGAAUCGACCAACUUAUUGCAAGCGUUCGCCGCUGGGACCACCGAAAAUCAAGUCCACGAAGGGAUUGAUGAAGAAUAUGAGAAAGAACUACACGCCGCUCUUAUGUGUAAAGAAAAAAGUGAACAAAACGCAGUACCUGAAAUUAGUAAUAUCAAAGUUUCUUUAUCAGAUUCGAGGAAUCAACUCAAAGUUAAAAUUAAGGGACCCAUUGCCAACUACACUUCCACGGUUGCACCUUUACCACCUCCGAUGGUCGAUCCUAUAGUGGUCACGAACAUCACCUCCAAUUCGGUAUCUAUAAACGUUGCGAAUAGCGCUAAUGCGUCCGGUACUUCCAACUUGAGGAGGAUGAGGAAGAAAGAACUACUUCGUCAGUAUUGGUCGCAGGACAUGAGCACGGACGAUCCUUCAAGCAUUCCAAUAAAUAAUACUCCGGCAGAUCCUAUUGUACACCGAACUGUGACGAUCCCGAAGGCUGUGACUUCCGUUACCAGUAUUCCCACUAAAGAAGAUUACAGGGACUAUAGGACUGGUAGUGAUGAUUUCCUAGAGAGCAAACAGCAUAAGAAAGAACCGAAGGUGAGGUCUGCUCUCACCAGGGAACUUAGGCAACUCGAUUUAUCAUUGGACGAUGAAACACUGUCUGACCGAAGGAGAGGUUCGGCGACUGGUAGCAAUAAUACAAGCUUUAAUGAAUCAACAAAACGGAGGGGUCGACCACCUAGGACAUCGACGGAACAACAACCAUUAGUGACUCCCAAACUUAAGAUAAAGAUAGGCAACAAUAGUAUAAUUUCAUCGACUAGGAUAGACGAUAAGAAAGACAAGAUUAAACCUCCGAAGAAACGUAUAUCGAAUAUACCGAUGCCGAGCGUGGAAGAUUUGAAACGGGAAAGUAUGAAAUACAGGAAAAUGGUGAUGGCCGGAUUUGGCGAAGAGAAAGAGAAGAAGAAAAAGAAGGAUAAGAGCGAGAAGAAAAAGAAGAAGAAGAAGCACGAGGUUGAGAUCAUCUCUAGUGACAUGGAGAAACCAACUAAAUUAAUCAUUCGGUUUAAUAAAAAAACGGACGGGGAAGUGAACAAACGGACGAGUGUUAACAGUGAAAGUGUUAAAACUGACCACUCGGUGGCUAGUGAAUUAACGACUAGUGCCUCAGUUGGGGGGGAAAGUUCUAGUGCGAGUAACAGGUGCUCCCCGCCUAAAGUGACUCCGAUUAAAUUGAAACUUAGCAGGUGCCAGGAAGGUUCGGCUUAUAUAAUGAAACCGUCGGUCGAGGACAAUUCCCACACUUCCACACAAGAAACGCCGGUUUCUCAGCCGGGACAGCCGCCUCCCCAACUGCCGACGCCGCCCCCUUCUGCUGAACUGUCGGAUGCGGUUCACCCCCCACCUGACCCCUUACCCCUAAAUAAAGACUGUGAAGUUAGAUGAUAGUUGUGUACAUUCGAUUCUGAUCUGUAAAGUAUAUACAUAAAUUAUUCCAGGUAGGCUCAUUAGAUGUGCACUUCAAGGAUGGUUUCGCGGCAAAUUUCAUUGAUAGAUGAUUUUGAAUUUUCAUUUUUACUGUACAGGGUGGGCAAAUUUAGAUGUUUUAGCACUACA